AUGGUGAAGGAGAGGCACAUGGUCGAACUGGCCCCAUUUCUGAAGAAGCCGAAGGUGAUCCCUCUGGACCCAGAGAAGGUGGUCUACAUCGUGUUCAACACGCGGGAUGACUCGCAGUGCAGCGUUGCCUUCCUUCUCAGGCAUGAGUUUCGCCAGCGCCGCUGGGAUGCCAGGCUCUUCUGCCCCGGCCAAGAUUUGAUGCAGCGCACCCCGUCUGGUACUCAGAAGCUGCGGAAAAAUGCGAAAGCACGUGAAUCCGAGCCAGUUGACUUCGAUGGUGUUCUCCCGGUGGCAACCAAAGCCGUAGCCGUAGUGCUGAUGUCGAAGGGCCUACCCUUUGAUCCUGUGGCUCUUGGCGCAGCGGCCAUCCUCAAACGCACAGGUCUUGGCGCACUCACGGUCUUGAGCCAAGAGUCCUUCUGGAAGCCGGAUGAGGACUACUUCCAGCUGCUGCGAGAUGGCUCUGUCUUGCAAGAAGAAGACCGUGAUCUCGUGGAACAAAUCUUGCCAGGAUAUACCGAUGCGGAGCUUGCAGAUGCCCUGGCUCCCCUCUACAAGAUCCUGGCCUGGACUGUGAGCCCGGAGCAAAAUCAGAGUCUUCUCCGACAGGAGUUCAGCAUCGUGGAGGAGCGCGCCAAGAAAGAGUUGCAGCGGCGCAUUGAGAAAGUUGAGGAGCAAGGUGCCGAUGCAGUCGAAUGCUUCCCGCCGUCCGUCACGCCCUACCACAUGCGCAAGGAGUCCGCGCUGGAAUCUGAGCACAGUAGCGUCAUCAACCUCAGCGAGGUCGAGACACGCAUGACCAAAUCCCAGAGCCUUGCCACGUACGGCAUCAUCAUGGACGAGGGGGAACCGGUACAAACGGAUGAGUUCUGA